AUGGCGGAGUCGGACGGGUCAUCGUCCGAGAUGAGCGACGAUGCUCUACAGAAGCUUGUCUCUCGCCUGGUGGAAGUAGGAGGAGAGCUUGGAGGAGAGGAUGCGGACACUACUGCGGAACCUCAGAGUCCGGGGCACGCUCGAGCGCUAAUUAUGGGUGCAACGUCUGCACAAGCCGCUGCCCCAAGCGAUUGCACUGACAGCUCUGGUGACGAAGAGCUAGUGAGCGCGGCAACGGGCCAGCCCAUCUGGCCUUCCUUGGCUCAAGACCAGCCAUCGCCCAUACAGGCACCGCGCGACACUCGCUCGCCGCGAGCGGACGGGUACGACCGAGAGGCGGACCUGCUGGAGAGUGCCCACGCCAGCGACGACUCCUCGGAAGGAGGAGGUGGGGGGGGAGGGGCCCGGGGGGCGGGGGCUGAUUUUCCGCUGGCAGCGAUCGCCACCCGCGCUGUCGAGGAGGCGAGAGUGGAGACGGACAGCUGCGGCUACGAAGGCGACGUCGGGGAGGGUGCGAGGAGGAUGACGACACCCUCCUUUCGGAGGGCGACGGGGAUCGCUCCCCCGGGCUUCCCGUCCAACAAGGACGGAGCAGAAGCGGAUGACGAGGCGUCAGGAAAGGAAGCCACCAAGUCCCACGUGCCCCAGCAGCCGGCGAGCCUAGACAUGUCGGCAAGGGGGAUGAUUUCGCACUACGGCGGCGGUCGCCUGAAUCCGCCCCAGACCAACGAGGGGAGCCCGUGGGACGCCCUCAACGAGAGCCUUCGAGAGCAGGGGUUCCGUGAGGUGUCGCUGUCGCGACCGGGGGGGUCGAUCGCGGUGCCGGACCCGACGAGCCUGGCGGACACCCUGCGGGACGUGGUGUUCAAGCACGGGGAGAGGGGAAGGGCCAUCCAGGAGAUGUCGCUGGAGCUCCAGCGGCGCGACAACGUGGGCGGACACCGAGAGUCCGUGCUGAACGAGUCCUUCCGCCGCGAGAGGUCCGACCUGUCGAAGCGGUCCGCGGGGGCGGAGGCGCGGGCGGCCGCGCUGGAGGCGGAGAACAAGCGCCUGCAGGACCAGCUGGCCCUGGACUCCCGGCGGGCCAGGGCCGAGAGCGCCAACCUGGCCUCCCAGCUGAAGCAGAGCGAGCACCGGGUGAAGGCGAAGGAAGCCGCGGCGCAGAGGUUGAUGGACAAGCUCCAGGAAGAGGCGGAGAAGGAGCGGCUGUCCCAGCAGCGAGAGCGCGCGAUUCUCACCAAGUUCAGGCAGAAGGAGGCCGCCGCUGUUGUUGCCGUCCGUGGAAGCGGCGGCGGCGGGGCCAACGACUCCAGAGUGGCGGAGUCCCUGAUCGCGCACUCGAAGGCCCAGGAGCGGUCGGAGGCGGAGAUGGACAAGCUUCGGGCGGAGAUCUCCCGCCUCGGGGACGAGCUCCGAGAGAAGGAGAACACGAUUCUCAAGCAUCGGCUGGGCCCCGACUGGACCCCGGACCUCGACCCGAAGGUCGCGCCCGCCUCCUCAGACGAGCUCCGCGAGCUGCGAGAUCGGCUCGUUGAGUCGGAGAGGAGCGUGAGGGUGAUGAAACAGCGGGAGACCAGAGCGUUGGAGCGGUGCGCGAGCAUGGAGAAGGAGUGCGCCGAGGUCCAAGCCAAGGCCGACGAGACUCAGGACGCUCUUGUGAACGCGCGGCUAGAGCUUUCCUCGCGGCCGUCGCUGCGAAACUGGCGCGCCAGCCAAAGACGGAUACAGGACCUCGAGACUAGGCUCGGCCAGGCAACUAGCCAGGCGAAAGAGGCCAUGGACGUGGCGGAGCUGCGGCGGUGGGUGGACACCAGAGAGCUGAUGCGAAGGGACCGGGGAAACCACCGGCUCAAGCUGGACAGGCUGGAGGAGCUGCCGACCGCGGUCCUGAAGCAGGUCGUUCAGGACGCCUGUCGCCUCCUCUCGCUGCAGGACGUCUCGCUGCUUGGCUCGUCCGUGUCCAAGCUCAUCAAAGCGGUGCAAAUGCUUCCUCGUCUGGAGCGCUUCGUCAACAGUGUCUGUGGGUUCGUGUUUCGACACUCGACGGAGGUGCUGUCCGCGCCCAGCGACGGGAUGCUGUCCCAGUCUCUGGCCGGAAAGGCGCGGACGAUGGAGGACGUGUUGCCGCUCCUGGAGCUGUGGCUGGCGCGUGCCCAGGAGCCCGUGAAGCUUAAGGAGUUUCACCGCGGCGUGUUAAGAGUCCUGGAAACUCGGGCUGGCGAAUCUCAGGGGGCUCAUGGCUCGGUCUUCAAGAGCGAUCGGGCUGCGACGUCCGCUGUCCAACACUUGGUAGACUUGGAGCGUAGAUCUCUCCAAGAGAUGCACCUCAACGAACGAGCUGACAGGAGUAUGAAGGACGACCCGUCGCCCGUCAACCGCGUCGUGCAGCACUUCCAGCUCCUGUUCGGUGUCAGCUCCCUGGGGGGUUGCCUGCCCAAGCUAAACGAGCUGUACCGGUUCUCGAGCGAGACGAAGACUUUCCUCCGGACGUGCGGCGAUCUGCUCAACAUGCCGGAGGCCAGCGGCUCCGAGGCCAUCAUGCGGCGGCUCGAGACCGUCCUGGAGGGGACGGUUGACGCCGAUGCUGACGCAAGGCUCCGCGUUUCUCACGACGCCGAGUCGUGGGCCGGACAGUCGAUAGAGCUCGCGGCGGAGGCGUAGGCAGUUGUCGAACAACUUUUGCCGCCGCAUAAAAUGUUUUUUGUGCUGUAUGCGAAGAGCUUCGUCCACUAUUUAGUUUCGGGAUAGCACGUGGGUUGGUCUGGCGUUG